AUGGAUCCCCUCACGCCACACUGCCGCGAGCUGGCCUCGCCUGGCAUUUUCCAACCCAUUCUUUCUGUCUUGAUCAUUUUUGGUAUCCUCUUCUCCUACCUUCCCCAGCAUGCCCGUAUCAUAUCACGCAAAAGCUCCUUCGGCAUAUCGCCCUACUUCAUUCUACUGGGAACAACGUCAGGCACGUCGGCAUUUGCGAAUAUCCUAGUCUUCCCUAAGACAUCGCAGGAUGUCGGGUGCUGCCAGCAGAUUAGCGGGAUGGCCUGCUUCGCAGGCCUACUGGGCGUGUUCCAGGUGGGCAUGCAAUGGCUUUGCUUCUUCUCCAUUCUUCUUCUCUUUGUAAUCUAUUUCCCUCGCGCGACCUCCCCGACCGACCCUGUCAGCCCCGUGUCCUCGACGAAUGGCCACACCUAUCGCACCGCCUUGUCCAUAAGUGCCAUCUGCAUCCUCCAUGCUCUGGUGACAGUCAUCCUAUCCGUCGCCUUUGCCCUCCAGAAUCCGUCCGCCAUGCAGUCCUGGGCCAACUUCCUCGGCAUUCUCGCUGCUGUCCUCGCGUCUAUUCAGUACUUCCCGCAGAUCUACACUACCUUUCGGCUUCGCUGCGUGGGGAGUCUCAGCAUCCCGAUGAUGUGCAUUCAAACCCCCGGUAGUUUGAUCUGGGCCUCCAGUCUGGCAGCACGGGAAGGACUGAAGGGCUGGAGUAUAUGGGGCGUGUUGGUGGUGACUGCAUGUCUACAGGGAACACUGUUGGCGAUGGCUAUCUAUUUUGAAUACUUUGGCCCGAACGGGAAAGGAAAGCACCAGACUGAUGAAACCGACGCCCCGUCCAAUGGGACGGCCUCUGAACGGCCUGAGACGCCUGCUGCACGGGAAUCGGUGGAUGCGGAGCGGCCGUCUGAAGAGACUCCGCUUCUGCAGAGUCAGUAG